UGUUUUUUUACACACAGGUCUCUCCCCUGUCAGCUUUGCUGAUGAUUAUCAAAUGCCUGCCGGGAAUGGGUGAUUGACAUAUGCAGCUGCCAAUAGCGUCAUGGGUAGGGCAGCACGCAUCUCGGACACACUGCUUUGGAUGGCACACACAGUUAACCCUUUGAUCGCCCCUCAUGUUAACCCCUUCCUGCCCAGUGCCGUUAGUACAGUGUCAAUACUUUUUAUUAGCACUGAUCACUGUAUUGUUGUCACUGGGGAUGUCAGUGACACCAAGUCAGUUCCGCCCAGUGUCAGAAUG